CACUUUACCGAUUCAUAACGAUGAAGAACUGCAUAGCAAGCACCCUGCUCCUCCUGGUGGCGAUUUCGGCCAUCGAAGCCGCCUCGGUGGCGAAGCCAACUUGUGGAGGAAGCACCUCCUCGAAGAACAUCAACCUGGUUAAUCCCGCAAAUCCACCAAGGGUGUGCGAAUACCACUUGAAGGCGUACAGCAAGUACGUUUGCCAAUUGCGAAUUGAUUGGGCCAUGACUUUGGCCCAACCAACUUUGGAAAGCGCAGAUUCCGGUUUGACCUACGCCGAGUGCACUAAGGAUUACUUCGAGGUCGAUGGACUGAGGCUGUGCGGCACUGAGGUUUGGCAGCACAUCUAUGUGCCCUUCAAUGCCACCGAUGGCGAAAGUGUGGUGGAUCUGGUUAUUGGAUUGGCCGAUCGUGCUGGAGCCACUGGAUUGCCAACUCCCUCUUGGGACAUCACCGUCACCCAGUUGGAGUGCCCUGCAGGUGCCUCCGUUCGCUCGUUGGAUCUCCAGGAGGAGGAGGAACUGGAGAACUUGCCCACCAUCGAGGGUCGUGCCAGCACCAUCAAGGAUGGCUUCUUUGUGGCGCCUCCUGGCUGCCUUCAGUACUUCCCCCAAUCCAAGGGAGCAGUCAAGUCCUUCAACUACAACGAUGGAAAUGGUAUUUACCCAUCCCGCAUGAACUACGCCAUCUGCUUCCGUCGUGAAACAGGAACUAAGGAACUAACCAUUCGCGCCUAUGACUUCAACGUGGGAGACGUGGUUUCCUCCUCCACCUUGACGACCGAUGAGAACUGCUAUAGCAGCGAUAGCACUAAUGAUCUGGAUGCCGAUUUCCUGAUGGUGCCACAGGCCACCUUCGAAGAUAGCCACAAGCACGCCACCUACUUCUGUGGCUCCAUCAAGAAGGAUGUGGUCAUUUCGAGCAACAAUCCCGGCCCGUUGAUGGUUCUGUUCAACAGCGAUGACAUCUACAGGCAGAAUGAAGCCGGCUUUGCUUUCACCUACGUGGUGUCCUAAGCGGUUAAAAAUUCUUUGAUAUUGCAAACUAAACAAAGAAUUUGGCAUUAAAAAGAGCUUUAAAAGAAA